CCAGUCGAUACUUGAGCGCCAAUACUUCCCCAAAGCAAAUGGACGGACAUCCGCUCCUACAAUUUACAUCCUUCCACCAUUUCACCCCAUCUCGCCUGGCGUCACACGGCCCAGAUCUGGGUGAUCAGUCGGUAUGGUCGCGCCAAUCGUUGCAGAGAUCGGACCUGGCGUGCCCGUCUUGCCUCCACAUCCCGGUGCGGUCGCGCCCACUUCAGACUCUUCAAGCAUCGCGAGCGAGAAGCAAGACGAGUCUGGCCGCAAGACGAUCAAUAGCGACGGAGAGCUUACCCUUUCGGGUUCAGAAACGCCUUCCCCUAGUCCACCGUCCGGCAAGAAUCUGGCGGUGGAGGGUUUAGAACCGCCGCGUCUGGUGGAUCUUUUCCUGCCGCAAAACAAAAAGAGGAAUCAGAUCAAGGAUCUCGACACUAUUGCCACCCAACGAUCAGUGCUUGAUGAUCCGGUCAAAGCGCAGCAUUUUCAGCCUCCGACAACCUGGGAAAACUACCGCAAUUUCGAUUCCGAAUUUCGGUGGACGUGGAGAGAAGAGAAGGACCUGGUUCGCCUGUUGGACCGAAAGGUCUUGGCUUUCGCGUGCCUCGCUUUCGUCUCACUGAAUUUGGACAGAAACAACCUACUGGCUGCUAACUCGGACGGCAUGCUGCCCGAUCUUGGGCUGACACAAGAUGACUAUGGCCUGGCCAACACACUUUUCAAGGUCUGCUUCUUGAUCGCAGAGCUGCCGGGUCAACUCAUCUCGAAGCGCAUUGGUCCCGAUCGCUUCGUACCUUUGCAGAUGGGAGCCUGGGCCAUCCUAACCAUCUUUCAGUUCUUCAUCUCCGGACGAACGUCGUAUCUCUUGUGCCGAUGCCUACUUGGCUUCUGUCAAGGAUCUUUCAUUCCGGAUCUCAUGCUCUUCUUGUCACUUUUCUACAAGAAUGCAGAGUUGUACAUGCGUUUGGCCAUCUUUUGGUUCGGCAUGCAGGCGACCUCUUUCGUCUCGAGCUACUUCACCUACGGCCUCAUGCAGAUGGGCGGCGUUGCUGGCAAAGAAGGGUGGAGAUGGCUCUUCUUCUGGGAAGGCCUGCUGACGCUCGGCAUGGCGGUGCUCGCUUGGUUCAAGAUGCCUCCAGGUCCGUCGCAAGUCAAGCGAGGCUUCUAUACGGAUCACGACCGACAGUCGAAGAUUGCCGUGAUGCGCGUCAUCCGCGACGAUCCUGGCAAAGCGACGAUGCAUAACCGUCAAGGACUGAGCUUCAAGCAAUUCUUUGAGACGGUGCUCGACUACAAAAUGUUCCCGCUCUACUUUCACGGUCUGCUCUUCGAAGUGCCUCAAGAUACUGUGCAGCAAUACCUCACGAUCUCUCUCAAGCAGCUCGGCUUCUCCACCCUGCUUUCGCAAACCCUCAGCUCGGUGCACUACGCUUGCACCAUCUUCACGAGUCUGGCCGUCAACAUCCUCGUUGAGCUUACUCGAACCAGAGCUUUGAACUGCGUCCUGCUCGGUAUUUGGGUCUUGCCGUGCUUGAUAGCUCUCAAGCUUCUGCCUUUCCCCAAUCCUUGGGGGUUCUUUGCCGUUGCUACCGUGCUCACUUCAGGUCCUUACAUCCAUCCAAUCCAAGUCGCUUGGGUCUCGGAAAUCUCCGGAGAUGUCGGCAAGCGUGCUUUGACCGCUUCCGUGUACAACAUGUUUGUCCAGGGCUCUUCCAUCAUCGGAUCCAAUACGUAUCGUGCGAGCGACGCACCAGAAUACUCAAAAGGCAACACUGUCCUCAUCGUCCUCACGACCGUGAACAUGCUCUCCUACUUCUUCACCCGAUGGUUUUAUCGUCGCAUCAACGGAAAGAGAGACGAAAGGUGGUCCUCGAUGUCCGAAGAGGAGAAGGAGCAUUACCUCGCCACUACCACCGACAAAGGAAAUGACCACCUCACUUUCCGCUUCGUAUUCUAGGGUCUCGGUCAUCCAUCAUUCUCACACAUGUUUCGCCUUGCGCG